AUGGCAUCUAACAACCCCGGGAACUUUGCCAACCGACCCAAGGAGGAGGUCCGCGAGAUCGCAGCCAAGGGAGGGCAUGCCUCUCACGGCGGAGGUCGCAGCGGCGGCAAUGGUGACAGCCACAACGACUCCAGCGCCGGGGGACAGCCUGGCCGCAACCCCGACGGAACCUUCACCAAGGGCAGCCAAGUGGCCUCUGAGCUUGGGGCUAUCGGCGGACACCACUCUCACGGAGGAGGCAAUGCGAGCAACCACAAUGACGACUCGGGCUUUGGAGGCACGUCUGGCGGGGCCUCGCACCCUGGUCGUAACCCCGACGGCACCUUCACCAAGGGCAGCGAGGAGGCGUCUAGGCUGGGGCAUAUUGGAGGAAGCAAGUAG